AUGCCAUCCGCCAAUGAUUUGUUGGAACACAUAACAUCCUCGUCGUCCAAUAGUGCUCCGCCGCAACAAGGUCCUCAAACGGAAUGUUUGCUUUCCAAACGUCCCUUGCCCAAAGAAGGAGAAGAAAAGAAGGACGACUCGCCUAAUAAUCAGCAUCACGAUCCAGUCAUUACCAUGGGAUGCGCCCACAAGUAUUACGCCAGUGCCUUGAACGAAUGGCGGAAUGACAAUCCCUUUGGAAUUCCCAAUUAUGAUUCCUUGAAAAAGGCAUGUCCCGUUUGUUAUCAAAAAGGAGUUCCACCCUCCAAGGAUGCCAUGGCCAGUUUGCAAUUGCAUCGCAUGAAACUAGACAAAUUACAACAAGAUUUGAAUGCUGCUGCGGCUUCGGUAUCGGAUGACGAUCCCGACAAUAAAGCCGUAUUGUUGGAAGUCCCCAAACUACCCGGAGAAGAGGAAUACGAUCAAUCCAUCUUUUCGGGACUCUUCUCCAAGGAACAAAUUGAUCAAUUUCGAAAGUUGCCUGAAGACAAACAUCAACCGUUUUUGAAAACCUUUUAUGAAAUUUGUGUGGCCCAGACCCAGCAAGACAUUGCUGCCUUUGAAGCCACAUACGGAGACAUCGAUGUUUUAUUGAAAGAACAGCUAGCGGCGAAAGGCGACAACUCGAUAGAAUUGCCAGGAGAAAUCUUCAUGGCGGCCAUGGAAAACGACAUGGUCACUGUAGACAAAUGGUUGGGCGUCGACAUUUACAAUGGCAUUUACGACGACAAGUUUUACGCCAAGCUCAAUGCGACCGCACCCGACUUUACGGGUGGCACCUUAUUGCAUGGAGCUUGUUUCGGUGGUCACUUGGAGGCUUUGACGAGACUCUUGCAAUUGGGUGCCAAUCAAAACAAGGCCGAUUCGGUGGGCGCGUCACCCUUGUUUCACGCCUGUUUGAAUUCCUCCGACGACAAUCACAAUCAACACGGACUCGAACAAAAUAAGCCCCUCCAAAUGGCCAAAACCUUACUCGAGUGGGGAGCCGAGAUUGCCCCCAACCUUCGAGACUUUUUGACGUCCAACAAGAAUUCCAAUGACGCUCACAAGGAAUUAGCUUUUUUGGUCAAGACGCCAUUGGGUGGUCGACGAUGCGAAGUGGUUGGUCUCAAGGGACGGGCCGAUUUGAAUGGCAAGUAUGGAGUCGUGGGACGGUACUUUUCCAAGGAAGAUCGCUAUGCCGUGACGGUUACGUUGGCGCAAGACAAUACCGAGGUGUGCAAGAUUCGGAGUGUCAACAUCAGACGCAAGGAUCGAACCCCCAAGGAUUACAUGGACGUCAGGGGAGCCAUGCCAGUGAGACCAUUGUCGCGAUUGGAAGAACUUCGAAUCAAGAAACAACAAUUGGAAACCAUGAUUCUCAAUAGCAACAACAAUAGCAAUGGCAAUAGUAGCGAGAAUAAGUAA